AUGGCUGUAAGCGGAGCGCAACAAAUGGAAUUGGAUGAUGUACAGCAACCUUCUGGUGCUGCAAGUAUUUCUGCGAAAGAGAAGAAACGUUUUGAGGUGAAAAAAUGGAAUGCAGUGGCUCUGUGGGCUUGGGAUAUAGUUGUUGAUAAUUGUGCAAUUUGUCGAAAUCAUAUUAUGGACCUCUGUAUUGAAUGCCAAGCAAAUCAGGCUUCAGCAACUUCUGAAGAAUGCACGGUUGCAUGGGGUGUAUGCAAUCAUGCAUUCCACUUUCAUUGCAUUUCACGUUGGCUUAAGACACGUCAGUUGAAACAAGUAUUGGAUACAUAUCAUGCUGUAGCUUGCUUACUACCAAAUGAUUCAAAUUAUUUAUACGCGGCUGUUUUACACUUACCCAAAAAUCCAAAAUUAUAUUUUGGGAAAAUUUCAAACACACAAAAAUUGCAUCAAAGUCUUGAGGAUGCUGGUGAAGCUAUCAGAGGCCAUAAUCCACAUCGUUGGCUUGUUGAUAGGAUAAUUUUGAAUGCAACAAAAAUUAUUCAUUCGCAGUAUCGAUUGGAACGACGAAAUAAUAUAGCGGAACAGUUGAAAGAUAAUAAAAAUCGAAAUAUUUUUGAUGGAACUCAAUUUCUCAACAAAACGAUAAUCAAAGAGUCGCUAAUAGAAUUUUUACGGGAAAUAAUAUUUGAAUCAGUUAUCGCUGAUGCGAUAUUUGGUAUGGAUUUAGCAGAUAAUUGGAUCAAAUAUGAUUUUGAAGAUUUUAAAAAGCGCUCACAGCAAUUAAUAACAUAUGAAAGCUGGACAUGGUUGCUUAACAUUCUACGUGUAAUGUUUUUUCUCCUUGGCGCAUUUGUCGUGCUGAUAACAACAUGCGCAUUAUGUGGUUUUUCAUGCAUCUUAUCAUCAAUUUUACGCGAUGAUUAUUAUCGACGAAGACAAAUGCGAGAACGUGAAGAAGAAUUGCGCAUUAUAGAGGAACGUCUUCAUGAGGCCGAAAUUGUAAAUAAAUUUAUUAAUGAUGAACAUUAA